AUGUUAAGCACCCCAUCAAAUAACGGUGGCAUUAGAAUGUUGGUUCUCCCCGCACCUAACGACGAUAGACGGGUUGAGUUUGUGGCUCUUACCGCCGUUCAUACGGAGAGGAGUGAACCAUCGACCCCGGAGCGCGUGCACCCUUCUCACCGCACCGGGCUCCUCGGUACCCCGCUGCCCGGGCGUCUUGGACCCCGGGCGACCACCUCGGCCUCCAGCAAGCGCUACAGAAAGUUUCAGAACUUCUUGUACAACGUACUGGAAAGGCCACGAGGAUGGGCAUUCAUCUACCAUGCGUUCAUUUUCCUGCUGGUGUUCAGCUGUCUGGUUCUGUCUGUGUUCUCCACCAUACCAGACCAUCAAAAGAUAGCCAACGAAGGCCUCUUCAUCCUGGAGUUUGUGAUGAUCGUGGUGUUUGGUCUGGAAUACGCUGUGAGGGUUUGGGCGUCUGGCUGCUGCUGUCGCUACAGAGGAUGGCAGGGUAGACUACGCUUCGCCAGGAAACCCUUCUGUGUCAUAGACUUCAUAGUGUUUGUGGCAUCGUUGGCGGUGAUCGCAGCGGGUACCCAGGGGAACAUAUUUGCCACCUCUGCCCUGCGCAGCAUGCGGUUCCUCCAGAUCCUCCGGAUGGUACGCAUGGACAGACGAGGAGGCACCUGGAAACUACUGGGCUCUGUGGUCUACGCCCACAGCAAGGAGCUCAUUACAGCGUGGUACAUUGGUUUCCUGGUCCUGAUAUUUGCCUCCUUCCUGGUUUACCUGGCAGAGAAGGAUGUCAACACAGAGUUCAACACCUACGCAGACUCCCUCUGGUGGGGAACGAUUACUCUCACCACCAUCGGCUAUGGUGACAAAACACCCCGCACCUGGUUGGGCCGACUCCUAGCUGCCGGCUUCGCGCUCCUGGGUGUGUCCUUCUUCGCCCUUCCUGCUGGUAUCCUGGGCUCAGGCUUUGCUCUGAAGGUGCAGGAGCAGCACAGACAGAAGCACUUUGAGAAGAGGAGGACUCCUGCUGCCAACCUUAUACAGGCUGCUUGGCGUCUGUACUCUACUGAUGCUCAGCACUCCUACCUGACAGCCACUUGGUACUUCUAUGACAGCAUGCUUCCAUCCUUCAGAGAACUGACACUACUGUUCAGUCACCUUCAGCGACGGUGUAGCGCCAAGAAUGUCCUUCACAACUCCCACAACACCCUGCUGUCCGGGCUACGGCCCUACAGCUCCCCCUACCUGUCAGGGGACAGCAGCAAAAUGGGAUUCCGGGACAGGAUGCGGCUGAACAACUCCCGGUCGUCCCAGGCGAGCCGGAACAAGGCGUCCCCGCUGCCUCCCGGGACGAGUGUCCGCCAGUCGCCCAGCACGGACAAUGUCCCAGAAGCCACCAGUCCCGGAAAGGUGCAGAAGAGCUGGAGCUUCAACGACCGCACGCGGUUCCGCACCUCCCUACGACUCAAACCCAGACCUCCUGCAGACGUGGAAGGAGUAGGGGAGGACAGUGUUGAAGACAAACCAUAUUGUGAUGUUGCCAUGGAGGAGGUGAUCCCAGCAGUGAAGACCUUGAUACGGGCUGUUAGGAUUCUGAAGUUCCUGGUGGCCAAGCGGAAGUUUAAGGAGACUCUGCGUCCAUACGACGUGAAGGACGUCAUAGAGCAGUACUCUGCUGGACACCUGGACAUGCUGGGAAGGAUCAAGAGUCUACAAACCAGAGUGGAUCACAUAGUAGGUCGUGGAUCGUCCUACCAGCCAGAUAAUAAGAAGGUGAGGAGUGAGAAGGGAGAGAAGACCCCUCCAGAACUAGACCUUAUGGACGAGCUCAGUAUGAUGGGACGUGUCAUCAAGGUGGAGAAACAGGUGCAGUCGAUAGAGAACAAGCUGGACCUCCUCCUUAACUUCUACACACAGUGUCUGAAGAAAGGCUCCUCCAACUUCACCUUGUCCUCCCUGUUAGAACCAGAUCUGAUGUCAGACUACCACAGCCCCACAGACCAUCGUGACCUUUUCCCCUCCGCCAACACACUCAACAUCUCCCACUCAGAGUCCAGCAACAUAAAGUGA